CGAAGAAACUGAAAAGUUUCACAAUCCUAAAACCCUAACAAAGCUCCGGAAUCAGAAACCACCGAGCUUCAGCAAUGGACGGUGCGACUUACCAAAGAUUCCCAAAGGUGAAGAUCCGCGAGCUUAAAGACGACUACGCCAAGUUCGAGCUCCGUGAAACCGAUGUUUCCAUGGCGAACGCUCUCCGUCGCGUUAUGAUCUCCGAAGUCCCAACCGUUGCAAUCGAUCUAGUCGAAAUCGAGGUUAACUCCUCUGUGCUCAACGACGAGUUCAUUGCUCAUCGAUUAGGUCUCAUUCCUCUGACAAGCGAGCGUGCGAUGAGCAUGAGGUUCUCUAGAGAUUGUGAUGCUUGUGAUGGAGAUGGACAGUGCGAGUUUUGCUCUGUUGAGUUUAGGCUUAGCUCUAAGUGUGUUACUGAUCAAACCCUAGAUGUGACUAGUAGGGAUCUCUACAGUGCUGAUCCUACUGUGACUCCUGUGGAUUUCACUAUUGACUCGUCUGCGUCUGAUUCAAGCGAGCAUAAGGGGAUUAUCAUUGUGAAACUGCGCAGGGGACAAGAACUGAGGCUUAGGGCGAUAGCGAGGAAAGGAAUUGGGAAAGAUCAUGCGAAAUGGUCUCCAGCAGCUACUGUUACGUUUAUGUAUGAGCCUGACAUUAUUAUCAAUGAAGACAUGAUGGACACAUUGACAGAGGAUGAAAAAAUCGAUUUGAUUGAGAGCUGUCCAACCAAGGUUUUUGGCAUUGACCCAGUCACCAGACAGGUUGUGGUGGUUGAUCCUGAAGCUUACACGUACGAUGAAGAAGUGAUCAAGAAAGCUGAAGCGAUGGGGAAACCGGGACUCAUUGAGAUCCAUCCAAAAGACGAUAGUUUUAUAUUCACUGUUGAAUCCACAGGUGCAGUGAAGGCAUCACAGCUGGUACUAAAUGCCAUAGAUAUCCUGAAGCAGAAGCUUGAUGCAGUCCGUCUCUCAGAUGACACUGUCGAAGCAGAUGAUCAGUUUGGUGAACUCGGCGCCCAUAUGCAUGGAGGAUGAUCCCGUUGUUAAUUCUCGAGCUCAUUGGUUUUCCCCGUUUGUUUCGGGUUUGAGUUUCUCCUCGAUCAGACUAAUAUAUUAACCAUUAGCGGCACUGUCUUGUUAGAUAACAACAUGUGAAGUGGCAGUCUUCUGUUUGUUCUGAACCUCUCUGUUCCUUCUGUUCCUGAAUCUUGUUAAGUUGGGUUAUGUUAGUUGUUAGACUUGCUCGUAAAAGGAAAAGAAAAUUGAAAAGGGUUGAAUUGAAA